UCGUGUUGUAAUGGCGCUGUCAGCGACAGAAAUUCGUGAAAACUGGAAAAGUUUCUGAGGAAUUAUGUCCGGUAUAACCGAAGUAACCGCUUCAAACUUCGACAAUCUGGUCCCCCAGAUUGAGGACGCAAUCAAAGGAGCUGCAUACAUCUCUCUGGACACAGAAUUCACAGGCUUGAUACGGGAACCUGACCUGGCACCAACCUUAUUUGACAGCCCGGACGCUCGCUACCAAAAGCUACGACAGACUGUUUCAAGCUACAUCAUCUGCCAGUUGGGCCUCUCAGCUUUUACUCCGAUAACCGGUAAAAAUGAGUACCGAGCUUCGGUUUUUAAUUUUUACUUGUGCCCACGAUCAUUCGGCAUCAUCGACCCUCAGUUCAGCAUUCAAUCUUCUUCAAUCGAGUUUUUAUGCCAGAAUGAUUUUGACUUCAACAAAUUCUUCUACCAAGGCGUACCUUACGUGAACAGCGUCGAACGCGACGCUAUCGAUCAGUUCCUCGAAAAUGUCGAGGCAAUUAAUUACCCGGACGAGAAACGAGUGCAAGAAGUCUUCGCGGAGGUUAGGAAAUGGAAAAUGCAGAAGGACAGCGAAGACACUCUGCGUGUUAACGUUCCCAACGGAACGAACGGCCAACUCCUAGCGGCGGAUCUCCGUACUAGGUUUCCAGGCCUGUCCUGCGAUCUUACUCCUAGUGGUUGUCUUCUGCUAACGAGAGGCAAAGUGACAGCGCACGACAAGUCGACACUGAGGGACUCACUCGUUGGUUUUACGCGCGUGUUCGAUACGUUGACGACGUCAAAGAAGCCGCUCGUCGGACACAACCUCUUCCUGGAUCUCCUGCUGAUGUUCCACCAGUUCCACGAGCCACUGCCAAAGUCCUACUCCAGGUUCAAGGCGGAGCUGCACGCGUUGUUUCCCGUCAUCUACGACACGAAGCACAUGUCGCUGUCGUUGCGGCAGGAAGCCGACCCGUGGAUCAAGGACGUGCUGCGUGCCGGGGAUCUCGUCGAGUUGUACCACGGACUGUCUGGCAUAACUGCGUUUUUCUCGCCGCAGAUCAGCGGCGGACCAUCCGCGAUCCGCGCUCACGAGGCCGGCUGCGACGCCUACGCUACGGGCGUUGUCUUCCUCAAGCUGGCCCACCUCAUAGCGACCCACGAGAUCUCUCCAGACGUCAUCGCACCCGUCGGACCUCCGCGUCCUCUCCAGUGGCGCGCGCACAGCGCCGCGGUUCGACAGUUCGCAAAUCGGGUCAACCUCAUCCGCGCCCAGAGCCACCACGUCAGCCUCGAAGGAUCCGACCCGGCCCUCGAACGUCCUCCCUGGCUCUGCGUCGAGACCUUGAACGGACAUCGAAGCCUGGACGACCUCAGUCGCGUCCUGGCGCGCUGCGGAGCGGUCGACAUCAGGCAACUUUCCAAGUCCUGCCUCCUGGUGGCCACGGGGAACUACGGCUGCGCGCGCGAUCUCGUCUCGGCGUUUCGAGACGACAAAGAGGUCAGGGUGACGAAGUACCGCCGUUCGCGGCGUGACCACGGACUCAGGGCUGCCCUGUGGAGCUUGCUCGUAGUUUCGGCGACUCUUACCUCUUACUGCGUCCUCAAGUUGAAAGGGACGAGUCUCGCGGGACUUCCGGAUCUGGGUACUCUCAAGCCAUCGUGGGGAUUCGGUAUUUCUAAACAGGGUUAGGCUUUUGUUUGGGCAGCGCCGCGAUACUUCCAGUGCCCGCGAUCCACUUGACGAGGAUAUCAUUUUUAGCCUAGAUGGUAAAGUUCCCAUAUGAUGUAAAUAUGUUUUGCCUCAUAAUGUAGGCUUUGGAAUAUGCACUUGUUAGCACGAGCAAUAUUGUAUUGAUUGUUGUUGAAUUCCGGUAGCAUAAAACUGCGCGCGCAAUUUAACUGUUUCGAAUUCCAAGUUGUUACUUCUCUUCGAAAUACAAGGCAACACUACGUUAUCAUAAAACCUCCUGCUUGAAAAUUACUGUGAUGUGCCAGCCAAAAUGCGUGUGUUUCGAACAAAAUUAUUCGUAGUGCACCGUUAGCUGACACUGCUUACUGCAACGGGUGAGCCAUCGAAGUGCAAUACAUCAAACCCAAUCUGCGUCUUAUUAUCGUUACUCCAUCUUCAUUAAAAUGAUUUCAAGGUGAUUAUUACCGAGGCUUCUUUGUUUUUUUGUUGUUUUUUUUACUGUUUUUGUGGCACCUGCGCUUCUAUUGAAUUUUAUUUUAUUGAAUGUUGAUUUAUCGUCCGGUCCUAUCGACUUUGUUAUGACGAGGGUUUACUGUACUGUACUUUGCCAUACAAAGUUUAUCCAAUGCGGACAAUGAGAAUUGGCCGAGGCAGGCCACAAGUAUGGAUGACACAUAAACUUAGUAAGUUUAUUCAACUUCACUGGUGUAGUAUCGCACCUUAACCUUGCAGCACGUGAUUUCCGAGAAAAUCACCGAGCCGCCAGGCAUGCUCAUCGAUCGAGUCACCAUCACGGGAGAGCCGCAACACGGAAGCAGUUAACGUCCUAAGUCUGUUAUGUACACAUAUAUAUUACGGCUUUUAAGUCCAUUCUUACAAAUGUGGUCGGCGUUACAUUGUCCUCCUGCACAUUGUUUUCAUCACACGAUCCACACCUGGAUGUUGCGAGGAUGGAAGCCGGAUGCUAGCUCAGCUCAAAUCCGGCUCCGGACUCGAUGGCGUAGAGCAGUUUUUCCCUCAGCGCGUUCUCGUCGUUGAUUUCUGGAAGUUUGAGCAGGUUCAUGCAUGUCGAUGCAGUUGGUAAGCGACUGGGUUCGGCACCGGCUGACUGGAUGCAGAAUCCCGGUACCAGUUCCUGAGACAUAAAAGCAGUGGUGCAGUGAAAUGAUGUCCCGUCAAUCGAAAAUAUUAUAGGCUAGGCGUGUUCAAAUAGUCAUUUUAAAUCCAGAUGGAAUACAAAGCGAAAUAAUAGUUACCUAAUUGAGCAUGCAUGAUAUUGUUAAGUACGGAAUGACGAUUAAGUCUGACAGGAGGAGAGAUGCAAUAGAAGGUACUGUUUAUGAUGACUGAUGAUGACGAUCGUGAUGAUGAUAAUGGUGCAGAUUCUGUCUCGCAAUCGGGGAUCGGAACCGGUAUUUUUUUCAGUCCGGUUCGGGUUCAGGGAUAUUGGGUCGGUUCCGAUUUAGCUCCGCUGGACCGAAAUUAUCAGCUCGAACUGGUUCGGGUAUAUCGGUCCGGGUUCGACUCAGGGAGAACCCCACCCCCCUUCCCGCACACAUGCAGACAAAAAAAAAAAAAUCUGCCAGCGGUCGGGACAUUUACAGGGAUUGGAACCCCUACUUUUUUCGGUCCCGGUUUAACCGGUUCAUGGGCAGUAAUUUCGCUACAUGAAAGCGAGCUUACGCUCACCAUAUACACGGUUCAAAAAGUGUGAGGUAGCCGUUUCAGGUGAGUCAAAAAAAAAAAAGGUCGAUCAGUCGUUAGUACAAUUAUUUCACCUCCGAACCGAUUCCCGAACCGGUAACCGUACGAGUUUUUUUUUUUUUUUUCGGUUCAGGACAAGCAAAAAAAUUCUUCCGGUUUGGUUUGGUUCGGGUUCGUCAGAAAACCUCUUUCUUUUCUCGUUUUUCGUUCCGGUUUCAGUUCCGGUUCCGAUCCCUGCUCACAACAUCAACAUGUUCUCCUCUCUGACACUGCUCUAAUUUCAUCUUCACAUCACUGACCUAAUCUUGCAGUAUCGUAGGUGCUAUAGGACAGUAUUACAGAGUUCAAAGUCCCAGAUAAUUACGAGGACUUUUACGGUCCCUCUAACCCGCUUGGUCCAAGCGUAGUUACGUUCCUCUUGUCUGUCUAGAGCUCACCCUAAAUCCGAGUAGAGGUGGUCUCGAGCAACUGGUGACAAACUUGAGCAGCAGUCGUCUGCGUCGCUCGUCAAACUCGUAGACGACGCGCCAAAACGCCACGAUGACCGGGUGACCGCUCGUGUAACCUCCCUCGUAGUGAGUGUGCGCUCGGAGGUCGUCGAGGUCCACGGGAGUGUGCGCUCCGGAAAUCAGCGUCUGAAGCUCCCUCGCCGAGAAUAAUGCCAGCCACUCCGGCUGGAGCACCUCCGCCAGCCCGCGCUUGAAUGCUAGACAUUGCGUUCGUAUCUACGGAAAUGUGACGAAAAAAAAGAGAAGAGAAACCGGUUCGUUUGAGCACUACGUUUCUAACGAGGUUGUUUAUUGAUAUGUUUGUCGUUGAUUCGAUCGCCGAUUUCUCUGUUCUCCACGUUGUUUCUUAAAGAGACUGUUCAAAACGGUCGAAAAACAUUGACGAAGACGACUACGAGACAGGUUUUGUUUCUCGUAUACCAACAACGCAAUAUGUCUAUAAAAGGAGUGUUUUUUUUUCUUAAAUUUCUCUGUUUCUUUUAUAUAUCUUGGUUGUUAGCCAUAGUGGUGUUUCAAGUGAGAAGCGCAGGUGCACCACCCUGAUAUAUGAAAAAAAAAAACUGUUCUAUUAGCAGAGUGGAGCAAGAGGCCUCCUCCAUCUAUUAUAACACUCGCAUUUUGGGUCCUCUAAUCUCCAAAAUCCUAUUCCAAAACACUGUUAAUACGUUAAGAAAUGUGGCACAUAUUUAUACUGUGUGACAAAAAAAGAAAAUAAAAAACAUCACGUA